AUGUUUCGUGCCCAUGCCUUGCUUGUUUGUUUAUUGGCAUAUCUUCCUGCUGUCUUGGCCAUCGGCUUGUCUAUUCCUCCGGUUCUUAUUGGUGACAAGAAACGUUAUUCGUCUCCUCUGAACUUGGCUAACUGUGUCAGUUACCUUACUUCUAAGGAUGAUAUCAUCACUGUCACUAUUAAGGCUGGUGACAAGCUCAAUUCUCAGUUGCUUAAUCUCAAUGUGUUCGACUCUCAGAAGAACACACUACGGUUUUUGGAGGACUUGGAGCACAACCAAAUGGUUAUGUUCACAAAUUUGGACUACCAGCUUUCUGGUCAAGAUCACCACUGGAAACGUCUACUAGACUUCCAUCGUGAGAAAAAGCCCCAAGAGGGCAUCGACCUUUUGCCAUCAGUGCCUGACAAAACUUAUGUGCAUAUCUGCUUCGAUAAUAUUUACCUCGACAAAUCGUGGAGUUUCCAAAAACAGCCCCGUGAACUCAUCAUCAACGUGGAUAUCAAAAGCCUUACUGCGCUCAAAAAGACAAACUACAAAAAGUAUGCCAAAUAUUUCAGCCACUUCCUUGAAAGUGAUGACAUCGAGACCGACUUUGACUUCUCCGAGGAAAACUUCGAAUCUGCAGUCAAAAAGUUAGAGAAUCUGUUAAACGAAGUCAGCGAGGAGCUCGACGCCUCUCUCAAAAUCGUUCAAAACUUGAAGCUUCAUGAAAGAAGGUUACGAGACUUGAACGAGGAAAUUUUUGAGAACUACAUUAAGACAUCUACCCUUCUCUUGUUCACUAUUGGAUCCUUGGGGUUAAUUCAACUCUUUUACUACAAAUUCUACUUCAAACGUCGGAAGCUUAUCUGA